GUAUAGUACAGACCGCCGUUGGCGUAUUAUCGUACCUUGUGCCGAGUGCCGUGCCGAGCGUAAAGUGCAAGUAAAAAGAAUCUAAAGGAAUUAUAUGUGCAGCUGAAAAACCGUCUGAAGCUCUACUGAGAUUAAUGUAUUGCACCUUCUGCUUGAAACGUUCCAAAGAGGUGCAAUUGACGACAGCAAAUGCCAGCCAUCAUGGUGGAUGCUGUACCUAUCAUCGAUUUCUCAGCUUACAGUUUGGAUCGUGAGAGUCCAGAUCCUGAAGGAUUCCAGAAGCUCAUUGAUGAUGUACAUCAAGCUCUCACUACCAUCGGUUUCAUGUACCUCAAGAACUUCGGAAUUCCAGCCCAAAAGAUAAAUGAUGCCUUCGCCUAUUCCAAGAUGUUCUUCUCCUUGCCUCUCGAUGAGAAAAUGACGUGUGUCGGGGAACAUUGUUUCCAUGGUUACUAUCAGAUGGAAAAAGAAGGGUUGAACCCAGACAGGCCCUAUAAGGAUCUCAAGGAAUGCUUCAACUAUUGUCCAUUUUCCGAUAGUCCUCAGAUGUAUCCAGAAAAAUCGUUGCCAGAAUUUCAAAAAUGCAUGUCAGGCCUCUUCAAUGCCGCCAUUCCUCUUCAUAACAGAGUGCUAGAAAUCAUGGCAAGGGGGCUCAACCUAGAGAACCCAUUUUAUUUUGUGGAGAGACACAGGUGGGUAGGAACCAAACAGAGCCAAACCACACUCCGCACCCUCUAUUACCCCUCCCUGGCAGACGUCAAGAUCAAAGAGGACCAGGUCCGAUGCGGGGAGCACUGCGACUAUGGAGGGAUUACUCUUCUGUUUCAGGACAAACAACCGGGUCUGGAGGUGGAGAACGUUCAUGGCAAGUGGAUUCCUGCACCCCCGAUAGAGGGCACGGUGGUUGUAAACAUCGGCGAAAUCAUGCAGAUGUGGACUUCGGACAAACUCAUCGCUUGUAAACACCGCGUGAUGGUUCCUGCGGAUCAUAUCGACCUUGACCGACAGUCCAUCGCUUUCUUCGGAAACCCCGACAACGACGCUGUCCUCGAGUGCAUCGACCAGUCCAACAAGUACCCUCCGACCACGAUCAUUGACCUGCUCAAUAUGAAGUACGAGCAGACAACAACAAAGAAACUGAAUUCCAGGACCUACUGAAGGACAAAUGGCUUCCAUGUUGGUUUGGUUUUCGUUUCAAUGAUUCUCAAAUAAUUAUAUUUUAAUAGAAACCAGGGGUGCUCAUUGCCGUUGAUUUAGUGAAAACGAAGUGAGUUUCCAAUCAUAGAUUGUCCUAAAUGUAUUGUAUAAGAGACUCGUUGACAACAAAAUGUGUGUCUGUUAUAGCGCCACCCAUUGUUAGACGUGUUUGAGCCUUUUGUAUAUGUUGAGUCUAAAUGUAAGACUUCUAUUGGGGUUCGAUCUUUUGGUAUUUCUUUUUAUUCAGAUAAUAUUUCUAUGGACAUGAAGUGUAGAUCGUGGUGAGACACAGGCACGUAGACACGGGGAGGGGCACGGGGGGGGGGGGGGAACUAACAACUUACCCCCCAACAAAUUUCCAAAAUCGAUUGAACUUUUUUAGACCCCUCCCCAGGACUUCGAUCGAUUACAUGUAUGUGCCCCCCAAAAAAACCCAUCAAACUCUGGCUACGAUAGCAUACUUUGUCAAAUGUAAAUUAUUUGUUAUUUGUCCCAGGAGAGGAGAAAUGGAGUUAUUCAGAUGAUGGGGUCGUUAAAUAUCGUAUCUCAUUAUAUUACGUAUUCUGAUCAUUCUUUGGCAAAACUUUCAGGCCCCCCUAACACAAGAAUAAGUUAGAUAUCGCUCAUCAAUCGCACAAUCAAUUCAUAUAAACAUGCACCAUUGGUUACUUAGCUGUUAGGAAAGAAGAAAGCUGCAAAAAAACCAUGGAUAUCUCGAGGGAUCAUGAAAUCUAUUCGUGUAAAAUAUACAAUGUAUUCAAAAGUUAUAAAAUCAAAUCAUCGACAGGAUCUUGUUGAUAAGUACAAAAAAUACAGAAAUGUACUGACCACUCUGCUAAGAAAUGCAAAAAGAAAGUACUAUUGCGAUUUGUUACAAAAUAAUGUGAAGGAUACAAAUAAAACAUGGGCCAUUAUCAAUGAAUUGUUAGCUGGAAAAAACAGAUCACCGAGAAGCGCUGAAGUGGACAGACUAAUUAAGAAGGUUCAUGGA